AUGCCGGCCAUGGCUCUCAGCGUGACCCAGGCCGCACUGGCUGGCCCACAGAAGCAUCGGGCCUGUGAUGAGUGCCGAUCCCGCAAGAUCGCCUGCUCCAAGGAGCCCAACGGCUGCGAUCGCUGCCUGAAAGACGGCCACCCGUGCGUCUACUCGGCCCAGAAGCCCAUGGGACGGCCCCGAAAGCGGCGGCACGCAGACACGGACGGCCCCUCGGCGGUGUUUUCGGUUCGGCUUCCGGGUUCUGCGCCCGCUCCCUCCUCGCAGCCCGCGUCCCUACUCGGGUCCGUCCCGGGUUUCGCUUCGUCAUUUGCUCCAAUUCCACCAGCCCUGGCUGCUGCUGCUUCUGCCCCUGGUGUCACCCCUAUCACUGCUGCUCUUUCUCAUUCGCCUUCCGUUUCGACUGCCGCUUCAACUUCAAUUCUUCCGUUUUCUCUCUUUGCCGCUGCGAACCACGAUGAAUCCACGUUGCAACUACUUGGCGGUGCUGGCCAUUACCAUAGCCAACAUCACCUUCACAAUGCCGCUGCUCACCAUCACAACCACAAUCACAACCACCAUCAUAACCACCAUCACAGUCAUCAGCACUCAGCACCGUCGCAGUUUCCCGUUUCUGACCUCAUGGGCCCGUCUCUACAGUUGGACACGCUUGACCUGGGCGACUUCAGCGACUUGCUGCUGCCCGAGCAGAGCCUUGCCAGUCUUGAUUCCAUCGGGAUGAACCCCAAUGUACCAGCCACCCGCCUGCAGCCCGAGAGCCGAGAACUUUUUGAUAGCGGGGUGACUGCCAUGGAUCUGAGACAGUCUGGUUUCUUCCAGGGCCCCGACUUUGGAGACGCCAGCGAGGCCAUUGCUGCCUUGCCUAGUGGCCCUGACGACUAUCAGCAAAAUUGGAUUGCUCGAUAUGAGCAGCUUCCAGCACCUAGCGACUCCAGUCCCAGCACCCAUUCCUCCAACUGUUUCGAGUCUUCAGACCCUAUCAGCGCGGAUACGACGCCCCCGGAAGUGGAAUCAGCAUCCGCCCCCUGCACUUGCGUCUCCUUGAUCACCAAGGCAAUGACCCCUCUGAUAUCACUCCCCUCAGACACCUUGUCUGCCAUACGCGUAGCACGCGACGCCACAGAGUUGGCUCAUGAUACUCUCAACUGCCGUCAAUGUUAUUCGGGAAUGUACGACCUCUCAAAGGCGGUACCUGCCUCUCGCGUUCAAAGUUCCGUGUACCUGGGCGUUUUCAUUCCCGCGGCCUGCAACGCCUACAAGUCGAUUUUAGCAAAGAUUGACAAAGACGCGGAGCAGGCCAAGGAAGACGGGAGGCUCAUGCACUUCAGCCUUGAAAAGGUUGGUGGGAUAUUGGCACGCUUCAUGACUGAGGGCAGAACUUGUACGUCUGUCGACUACGCACGGCUCAAGUGCUGCAACAACAAAGCGCUGGAGCCGGACGAUUGGCGCAUCAACAUGCGAGCCAUCAUCAAGGUUGACGUUUAUGGAUCCAACCACCUGGCAACCUUUGGCUGGCUGAACCGCUGCGUACCCACGCACGUUUCUCUCUAUCGGGGACUGAACGAUGUCGUCCUGUUGCUCGACGAGAGGAAUAAUAAACGACACGACAUGGCGGAUUCGAUAAUGCAGGCGUGCUAUGGCCACGCCACGCAACCCAUGGCGUGCCAGCGCCGCCAGCCGAGGCAUUGCGUGUCGAUGCUUGAUCAAGCGAGAUUGGCACUGAACAGUUUGGUUAUAUCAUAG